AUGGCAGCUGCAGCGGCUCUUUUCACUUCUGGGUCAUUUUUCUUGAAUCAAAUCACCAGGAAAUCUCGGUCGGAGAUUGUUAUUGACAUAUCAAACACCAAUUCAAAGUGUUUGCCCUGUUUUACGACUGCGGAUCAAAUAGAAGGCACAGUUACUAUCACACCAGAUCAUGAUAUCUCCUUUGAUGAAGUGAGGAUUUCAUUUCAAGGGUCAUCCAAAGCAUCCGUCGAAAGCGAAUCGCCGAUCCGGACUGUGCGAAGUACUCAGCACACCUUUCUGAGCCUCCAUCAACCUAUCGAAGAGACGGCAUACCCAAAAGCACGAGUAUUCAAAAGUGGCCAUGUUUAUCGAUUCCCUUUUAUAUUUGUCAUUCCCGAGUACCUCCUCCCUCAAGCAUGUAGCCAUACGAAGGACAGCCUCCAUGUCGAGAAUGCGCACCUGUCGCUGCCGUCGACAAUAGGAGACUCGAUAGUUGGUGCUGAUGGUAAACGUCUUGAUGACAUGUGCCCUGAUACGUGUCAGAUUGCAUAUUAUAUCCGAGCUUCUAUCAUGGGAAGGUCGCUUGCUCAUAACGCCUCAACUACGGUACUCUCGUCAGUUACCACGAAGAUACGAAUCAUGCCAGCAGUCGAUGAGGAGCCACCUUGGGAGGAUCCGUGGAUACGCAAGGAGCAAGACGUGAGAAAGGGUUUGAUGAGAGGAAAGCUCGGUCGGCUGCAAGUGGCUGCCUCUCAAUCGAAGCCACUGCAGCUAUCCCUGGAAUCGGAUACAAACAUGAGCACAAUGGCAACUGUCCAUCUUCGAUUCGACCCUGUGGAAAAUGAACAGCCUCCCCGCCUUGACACUCUACAAAUCAAGCUCAAAGCGUCUACAUACUUUGCUGUCGUGCCAUGGAAUGGGUUUCCAACAGACCACAACACUCUCAUCACGGGGUCUCUAGGAAGAGGUGUUUAUACGGAGACAGUCCCCAUUUCAUCCCCCUGCAUCAGCUCAGUAAAGUGGGCCAAAUAUUCGUCUGCAACAAGCAUCUGUCGAGAAACAUUGCCCACCUCAACUGGAUCAAUAACCACACCAUAUUAUACGGCAUCCAUCGUUGUUCCGAUAACCAUUCCAAAAGGAAAGGCGUUCUUACCAACAUUCCAUUCUUGUCUGAUCUCGAGAGUGUAUUUCCUAGACUUUAAUAUCUCCUACCAGACUCCCAACGCGAAUAUUCUCACACCAUCAACUUCAUUGAGGGUUCCGAUUCAAAUAGCAUGUCAGCGUCAGAUGGAUAAAGCCUAUUGA